CGUGACAGGUCCGCGAGGCCCCGCUCUUGCAGUCGUCCAGGCCAGCGAAGAUGGCGGCCGAGAGGGAGCCUCCUCCGCUGGGGGACGUGAAGCCCACCGACUUCGAGGAGCUGGAGGACGGAGAGGACUUGUUCACCAGCACCGUCUCCACCCUCGAGUCAAGUCCAUCAUCUCCUGAACCAGCCAGUCUUCCUGCAGAAGAUAUUAGUGCAAACUCCAAUGGCUCCAAACCUGUAGAAGUCAUGCUAGACGAUGACAGAGAAGACCUUUUCGCAGAAGCCACAGAAGAAGUUUCUUUGGACAGUCCAGAAAGAGAGCCCAUCCUGUCCUCUGAGCCAUCUCCUGCAGUCACUCCUGUCACUCCCACUGCACUCAUUGCUCCUAGAAUCGAAUCAAAGAGUAUUUCUGCUCCAGUCAUCUUUGAUAGAUCCAGGGAAGAGAUUGAUGAAGAAGCAAAUGGAGACAUUUUUGAUAUAGAAAUUGGUGUGUCAGAUCCAGAAAAAGUUGGUGAUGGCAUGAAUGCCUACAUGGCAUAUAGAGUAACAACAAAGACUUCUCUUUCCAUGUUCAGUAAGAGUGAAUUUUCAGUCAAAAGAAGAUUCAGUGACUUUCUUGGUUUGCAUAGCAAAUUAGCGAGCAAAUAUUUGCACGUUGGUUACAUUGUGCCACCAGCUCCAGAAAAGAGUAUAGUAGGGAUGACCAAGGUCAAAGUAGGUAAAGAAGAUUCAUCAUCCACCGAGUUUGUAGAAAAACGAAGAGCGGCACUGGAGAGGUAUCUUCAAAGAACAGUAAAGCAUCCAACAUUGCUUCAGGAUCCUGACUUAAGGCAGUUCUUGGAAAGCUCAGAGCUGCCGAGAGCAGUUAAUACACAGGCUCUGAGUGGAGCAGGAAUAUUGAGGAUGGUGAACAAGGCUGCCGACGCUGUCAACAAAAUGACAAUCAAGAUGAAUGAAUCGGAUGCAUGGUUUGAAGAAAAGCAGCAGCAAUUUGAGAAUCUUGACCAGCAACUUCGGAAACUUCAUGCCAGUGUUGAAGCCUUGGUCUGUCAUAGAAAAGAACUUUCAGCCAACACAGCUGCCUUUGCUAAGAGUGCUGCCAUGCUAGGUAAUUCUGAGGACCACACUGCUCUGUCUAGAGCUUUAUCUCAGCUUGCAGAGGUUGAGGAGAAGAUAGACCAGUUACAUCAAGAACAAGCUUUUGCUGACUUUUACAUGUUCUCAGAACUUCUUAGUGACUACAUUCGUCUUAUUGCUGCAGUGAAAGGAGUGUUUGACCAUCGAAUGAAAUGCUGGCAGAAAUGGGAAGAUGCUCAAAUCACUUUGCUGAAAAAACGUGAAACUGAGGCAAAAAUGAUGGUUGCUAACAAACCAGAUAAAAUUCAACAAGCUAAAAAUGAAAUAAGAGAGUGGGAGGCGAAAGUACAACAAGGAGAGAGAGAUUUUGAGCAGAUCUCUAAAACAAUUCGAAAAGAAGUGGGAAGAUUUGAGAAAGAAAGAGUGAAAGAUUUUAAAACUGUUAUCAUCAAGUACUUGGAAUCAUUAGUACAAACACAGCAACAGCUCAUAAAGUACUGGGAGGCAUUCCUACCUGAAGCCAAAGCCAUUGCAUAGCGAUAACGUUAUCCCUGUUAAGGAGACAUUGGAUUCCUCAGUGAGAUCAUCUAGAAACCAUCUAAAUAAACCACUAUAUAUUUUAUGAA